UCAGACCUUCAUCUUUGUGCGAGCAAUCCUUCUGUAGCAGGUGGAGCUGCCACUAGGGUGUGAGCACACCCCACCUCUUCAGGGAUUCUCUCCAUACUGGGCCCAACAUGGGAGGAUGCUUCUCCAAACCUAAAUCAGUUGAAGUCAAAGUGGAGCUCUCCCUCCUGGACAAAGAGAAGGAGGUGGAUGGAUUGUCGCCCAAUGGUAAAGCCAGUCCGUUUGCUGAGUGCCGAGCAAAUGGCGCUUUGGGACAUGGCUCGGACGAUGAAUCUACUGCUCUGCCCCUGUACCACAAAUCAAAGGACUAUGUGGAGGCAUCAGUUUGUCAUGUCAAAGACUUAGAAAAUGGACAGAUGCGGGAAGUGGAUUUAGGAAGUGGCAGAGCUUUAUUGAUCAAAGAACAUGGGGAGUUUUCAGCUAUGGCCCACAAAUGUCCUCAUUAUGGAGCACCUUUGGUAAAAGGUGUACUCUCAAAAGGACAUGUCCGUUGUCCUUGGCAUGGUGCAUGUUUUAACAUUGCUACUGGAGACAUUGAAGACUUUCCUGGCCUGGAUAGCCUGCCCAUUUUUCAGGUCAGAGUUGAAAAGGACAAGGUGAUCAUUUGUGCAAACAAACAGGCACUCCAGUCACAAAAAAGAACUAAGCCUAUGGCACGAUGUUCAGCAGUCAUAAACUCUAGCACUGGCUUCAGUCAUGUGCUCAUCAUUGGCUCAGGUCCAGCAGGUCUGGUGUGUGCCGAGACACUGAGGCAGGAGGGUUUCACCGAUCGCAUUGUAAUGUGCACCAUGGACAGACACCCUCCCUACGACAGGCCAAAACUGAGUAAGUCUCUAGAGUGCACAGCAGAGCAGCUCAGACUGCGCUCCACAGACUUCCUCCAGAACCACGACAUUGAACUGUUCACUGAAAAAGAGGUUGUUGCAAUAGAUGUUAAAACACGAACAGUGACAUUUGAUGAUGGUGUCAGGAUGGAGUACAAGAAACUUUUUAUUGCUACUGGAAGCAAACCCAGACCGAUGAAUUACAAAGGCAAGGAUGUCAAGAAUGUGUUUCAUCUCAGAACCCCAGAAGAUGCAAGUAGUAUAGUGAGCCUGGCAAACAACAAGAAUGCUGUAAUUGUAGGAACAUCAUUUAUUGGUAUGGAGGUGGCUGCUGCUCUCACUGACAAGGCCCACUCUGUCUCUGUCAUUGGGAUCGAAACUGUUCCCUUCAAAAAGGCUCUUGGGGAGAAAGUAGGGAAAGCCAUAAUGAAGCUCUUUGAGGCGAACAGAGUGAAGUUCUACAUGCUUAACGAGGUGUCAGAGAUGAUUGGCCAUCAUGGACAGUUAAAAGAAGUUGUCCUGAAGAGUGGUAAAGUUUUACGGGCAGACGUGUGUGUCAUAGGAACAGGAUGUGUCCCUGCUACAGCCUUCCUGAAGCAGAGUGGGAUCCACCUAGACUCUAAAGGCUUUAUCACUGUAAAUAAGAUGAUGCAAACAAAUGUUGACAGUGUUUUCGCUGGAGGAGAUGUGGUAAUGUUCCCAUUCCCUCUGCGGAACAAUAAGAAGGUUAACAUCCCACACUGGCAAAUGGCCCAUGUACAUGGACAAGUGGCAGCUCUCGGUAUUAUGGGAAAACCCUCAGAAAUCAAAACAGUGCCUUAUUUUUGGUCAGCUAUGUAUGGAAAGACUAUUCGCUAUGCAGGUUUUGGUGAUGGAUUUGAUGAUGUCAUCAUACAAGGAGACCUCGAUGAACUCAGAUUUGUGGCAUUUUAUACAAAGAGUGAGGAAGUGGUUGCUGUUGCCAGCAUGAACUAUGAUCCUAUUGUAUCUCGAGUGGCUGAGGUCUUAGGAUCUGGAAAGACGAUUAAGAAACGUGAUGUGGAGACUGGAGACAUUUCUUGGUUGAUAGAUAAAGGCUCUUAAUAACUUCAUCUCUGAUCAACUGAAGUUCCAAAGUGGACCAUGGGACACCUCACUUGGAUAUUUAUGGUGCUGAGACACUGAGCGAGCAGCUAUCCAGACCUACAAACUAAUUCACAUACAGCAAUGCAUGUUCCUGAAAAACUAUGAACCAAGAAAAUGGAUUUGAUUCUUUCUCUACAUUGUUACAAUGCUGUGUUUAGCAGUAAGCUAUUGCAGCAUGUUGCUUCAAGAUGCAUCUACCUGAACAAUUUGUGUAUAAGAAGCCAGAGAUGGCCAUUGGCAUUUUUGUACAUAUUUUUUUUCUGUGUAAAACAUGAUAACUGCACUGCAACUAAAUAGGGACACACAACAUGAGAUGGAUUUUAAUAGAAAACAUUCAAA